CCUCCUGCUUCCGUCUUAUCCAGGGGUGACGGAUCUGCCCGCUCACACGCCGCCCGAACCUUCCCCGCGCACCACACACGGGCGAAGGCACCUGGCACUCACCUGAUACUCACCUAUCCGCUGCCUCACGCUCCCCACCUGCCCGCCUGCCUGCCCACCUGUUGGCUCUCCUCAGGUCGUCGCCGCUGCCUCAAGUUCCGUCUGUCUGUCUGUCUUUCUUUCAUCGUCUUCGUCAGCUCGUCGCGUCUUCUGUUGACCAUGGCCGCCGCCGCCCCCCGCACCAGCCUCCUCGUCCACAGCCUGCUCCUGGUGGCCGUCCUCGCCUCCUUCGCCGCCCCGUCUAAAGCCAUCGACUGUCGGAGGUUCGUGUUCGCCCCGCAGUGCAGAGGCAUCAUAGCCAAGAGGACGGCGCCGCAAAUGCCCCUGUACGAGGACACGCUGCAGGAUCCACAGAGGUACAGUGCACGCCCCGAGGACGUGGACCAGGACUACCGCGUGUACGCCGUCGACCAGAACUCUCGCCAGGCCUCCGAUAUGGAGGACUCCCAGAACGAGGAUGCCCUACAGUACAUCCCUCCCAACGUGAUGGAGUGGAUCAUGCAGAACUUUCCGAGGCAUAACUUCCAGGGCCAGAGGAAGUAAAGCCCAGGUGGAGGUGGAGGGAGACAGGCCGCCCCGCCAAGGAUGAGGAAAACGGGAAACGGGAAGGACCUCGCCGAGAUAAGAUAAGGGGAUGCUGAAGUAGAUUUCCUCAAGAUCAACAGUUACACUCCAGUUGGCUUUCUGACUAUCUCUCAUGUGUGUGUGUGUGUGUGUGUGUGUGUGUGUGUGUGUGUGUGUGUGUGUGUGUGUGUGUGUGUGUUGCUGUCCUCGCCAUUACCCCCACCUACACAAGCCGUCACCCAGAGAACAAGGAUGAAGGACUGAAGGAAGCACUUGUGUAUUUGAGUUUUUGCACGGCAGAAGAAACAGACCAAAGGCUAAACAAAGAGAACAUACAGGAGACUACCCUCAAUAUGCCGCUCCAGUAAAGAAAACGGAAGGUGCCAAAUUAGGAGAUGUAUAGUUAGUCCCUGUCCUCUUCACCGCUAGACGCGAGACCUCACCAAACAAGAUAAAUGAUAAAGAGAAAGAAAAGAAAGAAAAGGAGAGAAGAUUCAUCCUAGUUCACCCUGCGAGCCUUCGUUUUCCUGUUUUCUAAAUCAAGACAUUUAUAUUCCAGCAUUUAAAUAAUAUGAAGAUAAUAAACAGUAAGAUAAUUAUGACAGUAAUAUUAAUAAAGCUGACCAGUUUUGAUGAUGAUUGUUGCUAAGUCUUAUUCCUCCUUCCUCUAUCUCCUCCUCCCUCCUUUCUCUUUCCCCUCCCUUUUCGUUUUUCCUCUUUCCUCUCCCUCUGCCUUUCUGUCUCUCCCUCCUCUACUUUCCAAUUCUCCCUCCAUUCCCUCUUCUGCAUCCUCCUCUCUCUUCUUCCUCUCCUUUCCUCUUCUUCUCCUCCUCCUUCCUGUCCCUUUGCCUUUUUUUCCCUCUCCAUCCUCUUCAUUCCAUUUCUCAUUCCAUUCCCUCCCUCUGCAUCCUCCUCUUUCUUCUUCCUCUCCCUUCCUUUUCUCCCCAUUCUCCCUCUUCUUCCUCUCCCUUCCUCUUCUUUCCACUUUUUCCCCUCCAUUCCCUCCCUCUGCAUCCACCUCUCUCUUCUUCCUUUCCCUUCCUCUUCUUCUCCUCAUUCUCCCUCUUCUUCCUCUCCCUUCCUCUUCUUUCCACUUUUUUUCCCUCCAUUCCCUCCCUCUCCGUUCCUCUUCCUCUUCUCCUCCUCGUCUUUCUCCUCUCCCUCUCCCUUCUCUUUCCCGUAUCCUUACCUGUCUGUUCAGGUAUCCCACGCUCACCUUCUCCCCAGGUAACUGUUUGCCACCACCACACCUGUUUUCUCCUCUGUCACCGGUGCCGUAAAGCAAUAUGUGAGACGCGGAAUUCCGACAGCUUUUGGAGGAGAAAACUCUACGGACUAAGCGAUGCAGAUUUAAAUAUGCCGAGUGUUUUUUCCUCUUUUAUUUAUAUUACGACAAAAAAGGUAAACUACGGGUCAGAGAGAGAAAAGAAUAAUGAUAAUGAUGAAAAUACUACUACUACUACUACUAUUACUAUUGCUAUUACUACUACUACUACUACUAAAUUGCAAGAAGUCUCGGCCAUGAUAGAGAAGAAAACAAUCAUGAAAAUAGAUGGAAGAACUGCCCACAAUAUAUUUUUUUUCCCAAACCGAGAAUGAAAAUCUAAACAAUUUGAAAAGACGAUAACAUUUCUGCCCUUUCAAUUUCCAGAGGGGUAUAAAAAAUCAAUUUGUAUAGUGGAAAAGAACGUGCAGCAAGACCUCUCACCCUCAGCUUACAACUCUGUCCUCCUUUCCUCCUUCCCUCCCGUUAGUGGCUUACAAAUACCUUCAGAUUUCCUACUCUACCUUCUUCCUUCCUUCCUUCCUUCCUUCUCCUUUCUUCCCUUAUCCCCCCGUCACUCUUCCUUACCAUAUCUUCUCCUUUUCUUAAACUACCUUUUCCUUCCUUUCUUUCUUCCUUCUCCUUUUCCUACCCUACCUUCUUCCUUACAUCCUUCUCCUUUUCUCCCUGCCUUCUCCCCUCUUCCCUUAUUCCUCCCCGACAUUCUUUCUUAUCACACCUUUUUCUUUUCUUAAAUUACCUUUUCUUUCCUUUCUUUCUUCCUUCUCCUUUUCCUACCCUACUUCUUCCUUUAUUUCUUCCUUCUCCUUUUCUCCCUACCUUCAUUCUUCCCUUAUCCCUCCGUCACUCUUCCUCACCAUAUCUUCUUCUCUUAAAAUACCUUUCCGUUACUUCCUUCCUUCUCCUUUUCAUCCUACCUUCUCCUUUUCUGACCCGACCUUCUUCCUUUCUUCCUUCCUUCUCCUUUUCAUCCCACCUUCUAGUUUUCCUACUCUACCUUCUUCCUUCGUUCAUUCCUUCUCCUUUCUUCCCUUAUCCAUUUGCCAGUGGAUCAAGACAACGCCAUCUAGUGAUUGUAAAUGAUAAAGAGAAACUGACCUCUCUUCCGGCCGCUUGUUCUUUUCUCUUUUGUCGGGGCAGCGUCUAGUGGUCUUAUUAUAAUUGGUGUUUUUGUUUUUUGCCCUUGAGCUGCCUCCCUUGCUGUAAACAGAAAAGAAAAGAAAACUGUAGUGAGUCCUCUUCUGCGCUGCUCCGUCUUAUAGCAAAUGAAUUCCUCCCCCCCCCCCCGGCCCUCCUGGACAUGUGCCUUGAUGUCUCUACCCACUGAAAGGAUUGAAACGUUUAUAUAUAUCCUUUUUUUACACCCAGAGAAGGAAGUCAAGGGCAAUAAAGUAAAAAAAGGAAAAGAAAAGAACCGAACAAAUAUACAGGAAACAAGUUCAUAGGGAAAUAAUGGAUAGAUAUUAAUGCAAAAAAAGAAAACGCAAAAGAUAAUAAAAUGCAAAGGGAAGAAGAGCCCGAAACAAAUAUAUAGGAAACAAAUACAUAGGGAAAUAAUGGAUCAACGUCAGUGCAAUGGUUCUACAUAUGUAAGAAACGAGGAUACUAGUAUUACGACUUUGUUCUGAAUGUAAGAAACGUCAAAUGGGUAAAGAAGUCAGCCACAGACGAGAAAACAAGUAAAUGUUAUACCUCUCCACUCGAAAUUGACCUCUUAUUUGGCCUUUCCUGUUCUAUAUAUGUAAAAAAAAACGAGGAUGUUAUUUUUAUGGUGUCUGAAUUUGAGAAACGUCAAAUGGGUAAAUAAAUCAGCCACAGACGAGGAAACAAGUAAAUAUUAUACCUCGCCACCCAAAACUGGCCUCUCUUUUGGGCACUCAUUCUGUUCUAUAUUUGUAAAAACGGGGAUGUUAUCUUUAUGGCUUUGGUUUGAAUGUAAGAAACGUCAAAUGGGUAAAGAAAUCAGCCACAGAUGAGAAAACAAGUUAAUAUUAUACCUCCCUCGCCACCCGAAAUUAACCUCUCUUUUGGGCUCUCGUUCUGUUCCAUAUAUGUAAAAAAACGGGGAUGCUAUUUUCAUGGCUUUGGUCUGAGUUCGAGAAACGUCAAAUGGGCAAAGAAAUAAGCCCAAGUCGAGGAAACUAGUAAAUAUUAUAUCUCUCCACCCAAAAUUGAACUCUCUUUUGGCCUUUCGUCCUGCUCUAUAUAUGUAAAAACGAGGAUGUUAUUUUUAUGGCUUUGGUUUGAAUGCGAGAAACGUCAAAUGGGUAAAGAAAUCAGAUAAAGACGAGAAAACAAAUAAAUAUUAUACCUAAAUCUGGCACAAGUCUUUGCUUUCUGAACUGCCCUCUUUCGGAUUCUAUCCCUCUCUCUGUUCCGUUAUCUCCAGUUUCCUUUCCGGCCGUUCUAUCUCUGCGGUGGUAGACGGUCACUGUUCUUCCCCUAAACCUAUCAACAGUGGUGUUCCACAGGGCUCUGUCCUAUCACCCACUCUCUUCCUGUUAUUCAUCAAUGAUCUUCUUUCCAUAACAAACUGUCCUGUCGACUCAUACGCCGACGACUCCACUCUGCAUUAUUCAACUUCUUUCAAUAGAAGACCAUCUCAACAGGAAGUACACGACUCCAGACUGGAGGCUGCAGAACGCUUAACCUCAGACCUUGCUAUCAUUUCCGAUUGGGGCAGAAGGAACCUUGUGUCCUUCAAUGCCUCAAAAACUCAAUUUCUCCACCUAUUAACUCGACACAAUCUUCCAAACACCUAUCCCCUAUUCUUCGACAACACUCAGCUAUCACCAUCUUCAACACUAAACAUCCUAGGUCUAUCCUUUACUCAAAAUCUCAACUUGAAACUUCACAUCUCCUCUCUCGCUAAAUCAGCUUCCUCGAGGUUGGGCGUUCUGUAUCGUCUCCGCCAGUUCUUCUCCCCCGCGCAGUUGCUAUCCAUAUACAUGGGCCUUGCCCGCCUUCGUAUGGAGUAUGCAUCUCACGUGUGGGGGGGCUCCACUCACCCAGCUCUUCUGGACAGAGUGGAGUCUAAGGCUCUUCGUCUCAUCAGCUCUCCUCCUCCUACUGAUAGUCUUCUACCUCUUAAAUUCCGACGCGAUGUUGCCUCUCUUUCUAUCUUCAAUCGAUAUUUCCACGCUGACUGCUCUUCUGAACUUGCUAACUGCAUGCCUCCCCACCUCUCGCGGCCCCGCUGCACGUGACUUUCUACUCAUGCUCAUCCUUAUACUGUCCAAACCCCUUAUGCAAGAGUUAACCAGCAUCUUCACUCUUUCAUCCCUCACGCUGGUAAACUCUGGAACAAUCUUCCUUCAUCUGUAUUUCCUCCUGCAUACGACUUGAACUCUUUCAAGAGAAGGGUAUCAGGACACCUCUUCUCCCGAAAUUGACCUCUCUUUCGGCCACCUCUUCUGAUUCUUUUUUAGGAGCAGCGAGUAGGGGUCUUUUUUUAUUAUUGUUUCCUUUUUUGUGCCCUUGAGCUGCCUCCUUUGUUGUAAAAAAAAAAAAAAAAAAAAUCGCCUCCUGAAAUUAACCUCUCUUUUGGCCUUUCCUUCUGUUCUAUAUUUGUAAAAACGAGGAUGUUAUUUUUAAAGAUUUGGUCUGAAUGGGAGAAACGUCAAAUGGGUAAAGAAAUCAGCCCAAGACGAGAAAACAAGUAAAUAUUAUACCUCCCUCGCCACCCGAAAUUGACCUCUCUUUUGGCCUCUCCUUCUGUUCUAUAUACGUAAAACAACGAGGAUGUUACUUUUAUGGCUUUGGUCUGAAUGGAAGAAACGUAAAAUGGAUAAAGAAAUCAGCCAAAGACGAGAAAACAAAUAAAUAUCAUAUCUCCCUCGUCACCCGAAAUUGACCUCUCCUUUGGCCUCUCCUUCUGUUUUCUUUUGUUGGGGCAGCGUCUAGCGGGCCUUUUUUUCGUUCCUGUCUUUGUUUCUUGCCCUUGAGCCGCCUCCCUUGUUGUAAGAAAAUACAUAAGAGAUGACUUCACUUUUUCUUCUCGGUAUUAUUGUCUAAAGUUAAAUCGUGUCGCUAUGGUAUUGAAGUCUCCUCAAUGAGCUGUUUUGCACUAUUUGUUUACUGAUGUGUUUCUUAGACGUUUCCACCUCUCACAUCAACUAUUUCCAGAGGCCAAAAAGGAGAUGAGUCGGGUUCUCCUGAGUGUUUCUUUAGGUUCAUGGUACAGAAGGGUCAGACUAUCACUAGGGUCAUAAAACUACCCUGGAAAUGCCCAAAACUCCUACGAAAACCUUGUCAAAUUGGUGAGCUUGGACGCCGAAACUUUUAAGAAUAUUGCCCUAUGUCUUUCUUUACACAACUAAUCCUCUUAUUCCUCAGUUUCUUCCUUCUUCCCUGUCCGUCCAUUUUCAGUAUUUGUCUUUCUGUUUAUUAAUGUUUUUGUCUAUCAUGUUUUUUUUACACUAACCAUCCACCUCUUCCUCAUUCUUCCUCUCUUCCUUCUACCCUGCAAGUAUAUUCUCUUUGCUUGUCUUCUCUAUACAUCUUCUCUUAACGUGUCCAUACCGUCUCAGUCUUGCCUCUCGUGUCUUUAUUUACACCUCUUCAUCUGUAUCCUACUUUUCCUUCUCUACAUGCUCUUCUCUUCACGUGUCCAUCCAACUCUUCCUCCCUUUCCCUCUUUCUCUUCUACCCCGUCCUUCCAUUCUCCUUCUCCCUUUCCCUCUUUCUCUUCUACCCCGUCCUUCCAUUCUCCUUCUCCCUUUCCCUCUUUCUCUUCUACCCCGUCCUUCCAUUCUCCUUCUCCCUCAUUCAUUCCCUUCUUUUUCUUUUCACGUCCCUAUACCAUCUCAGUCUUGCCCAUCCACCAUCAACUUCUUCAUCUGACUCCUUUUCUUCCUUCUACCCUGUACCUCUAUUUUCAUCACUUGUCUUGCCUGAGAGAGGUGAACCCUAGAGCUAUGUUCCUCAAACUGUCCUUACUGAGUCCUGUUUAACUUUAAGCCUUUCCCCCGCAGCCUAUUUCGAAGCCCAUGACAGUACUGAGAGCUGUAUGUGCCCUUCAUAAUGGUAUUCAGUUAUCUUUUAGUGAAGGGGUGACUCAGUUAAUUAUGUCUGGUUCCAUUUACUCUCCGCACCUGCAAGGCCGAAUUCAAAGAGUGGUAUUCUAAGACUCUCAUAUCAAGUAUUUCCAAAGGCCAAAAAGGAGAUCAGUCGGGUUCAAAUGAGCGUUUUUAUAGGUUCAUGGUACAGACGAGGGGUCAUACUACCACCAGGCUCAUAUAACUACCCCUGGAAAUGCUUGAAACACCAUGCGAGUCUUGUCAAAUAUGUGUGCGUGGGAACCAAAAUGUUUAAGAAUAUGAUUCCAGUAGUUUUCGUUGCCUCCCUGAUUACUUCUGUUUCCUGGGCCGCCGAGUCUAUGAAUUCACGUAAUGAGAAUGUGGCAAAGAAAUACAACCUGUCUUUACAUGUUAACUAGAUCAUGUAUUGGUGCUCAUGUAUAGUAAAGACGGCAUCCUAAAUUAUCUCGUCACCUUCGAAUUUUGGGACUUAAUAAGUUUACUCGUACGUGAUGGAAAUGUCGAAAAAAAAAACCCGCUUUAUAAUAUAUCGUAAUUGGAUCGUUUAUUGUUGUCGAAAUGUUAGGGAAAGAAGGAGGGCAGAUCUUCUUAUUUAAUCAGUUAUAUAUAUAUCCCUCGUGUGAAUUGCGGAAUAAAUGGGACUUUGACCCUAAAUAUUUAUACAGCGAAAAGGUGAAAAGUCGCGCUCGAUUAGUGUUGUCGACAUGUUAAGGAAAGGAAGACAGAUCUUGUUAAAUAAUCAAGUACAUAUAUUCUAUUCUCCGUGUGAAAUGAAGACUAAAUGGGACUUUGAAACUAAAUAUUUAUGCAGCGAAAAAACAACUAUAUAUAUUGUAAUGGGAUAGUUUCUUGCGGCCAAAUAAUAUAAGAGGAGAAUAGAUUAUUUUUUUUUUACAGUAAUGGAAGCAGUUCAAGGGCAAAAGUAAAUAAAAAAAAAGCAAUGUGACUUUGAGCCUAAAUAUCUAUACAGUGAAAAGUGAAAAAAAACAAAAAAAAAAACAUGGAUAGUUUCUUUCCACCUAAUAAGAGAACAUUUUUUUUACAGUAAGGGAAGCAGCUCAAGGACAAAAAAUAAAUAAAAAACAACAACAAUGGGACUUCGAGCCUAAAUAUUUAUACAGCGAAAAGGUAAAAAAAAAAAAAAAAAAGAAAGAAA